AUGGAGCAGCAUAUAAAAGAGGCCGGAAACGAUUUUGCGGGUGAAAACAGUAUGGAAAAGAAACCAGAACCAAGAAAACGUGCGUCAAAGGAAGAAAAGCCACAGCAUAUUCAACGACGAUUAGUGGAAAGCGUGAACGAGCUUCCCUUUGACGAAUUCAUCAAUCGCUAUGUUCCUCCGAGGAUACACGACUUCUCGAUAUCUGUCCCCCGCCUUACAACUACCCCCACAGAUCUAGGAACAUAUGAUACCUAUUCAAUUGAAAUGUACUCGUCUAGUUCUAUUUCUCUAGAAGACCUUGAAUCGUGCUUUCUGCUGGUGAAGCUUACAAGCUCGGAAAUGUACAAGAAUUCAGCCGGGGGCUGGUCUCCUAAAAAGAAGAAGAACGAAAUGAAGCUACUAGAUUUGCGGUAUAUGCUGUUGGUUCGUACUACCACCGGACAAGGCCAAGACCAAAAUUCAAGUAAGAACACUGGCAGCCCUGUGACAGGCGGGCGAGCGGUUGGAGGCUUCUUGGCGUUUAUGGUAACAUACGAGGAUGGAUUUGAGGUCAUCUACUGCUACGAGAUCCAUCUCGCGCCCGAGCUACAGCACAAGGGACUUGGAAAGAUUCUAUUUGGCUUCUAUGAGGAGAUCGGAAGGAAAAUAGGGGUACAGAAGGCCAUGUUGACACUUUUCAAGGCGAAUAAAGCAGCAAUUAGGUUCUAUGAACGAUUAGGAUACGGGAGGGACGAAUUUUCACCAAAACCUAUGAAGCUGCGUAAUGGGAAUACUCGGGAAUACGACUAUAUGAUUUUCUCUAAGGAUCUUGGGGGUAUGCAGACGAUAAAGAAGGACACAAAUAAUAUGGAUAUUGUCUUGUGA